AUGUGCUAUUUCAUACAAAGUAUUCCAGCCUUGUUCAGAUGGUUAUCGACCAAAUAUCCAAAAGUCACUUCAGAAUGUAUUGAAGAUAUUCCUCAGUCUGUAGGAAAUACUAUUGUUCCUGUGGAUACUACUUUACCCAAUCCCAAUGGCACUGAAUACGACAAUCUUUAUCUUGAUAUGAAUGGUAUUAUUCAUCCAUGUUGUCAUCCAGAAGACAAACCCGCACCAACAACUGAAGACGAAAUGUAUAUUGAGAUCUUCAAAUAUAUUGAUCGGAUCAUGGCCAUUAUCCGUCCUCGCAAGGUGCUCUACAUGGCCAUUGGUAACAUGUUUUACUUUGUAAUUUUUCCUACACUGCUUGAAACUGCUUUCAAUGCUUGA